GUCACGUGAUGCCCAACGUCCCGAAGGCAAGCGCGCGUGAGGGAGCGAAGUCCAAACCGGCAGCCAUUUUUGUUUCGCUGACAGACGAUGCGGCGGAGCCUUCUCCCCGCUAUCUUUUCUCUCCCGGCGCUGUAUAUGUUGCUGAGUGACGCCCAGCUCGAGGAGAACUCUACCGUGGAAUGUGGACUAAGACCUACUUUUGGUCGAGGAGCAGGGCCUCGGAUUGUAGGUGGACACGAUGCUUUCCCUGGAGCAUGGCCCUGGCAAGUUAGUCUUCAGAUUUAUGAAAUUGGCCUAGGAUAUAUCCAUCUAUGUGGUGCAUCAUUAAUUACAAACAACUCAGUGGUGACAGCAGCACACUGCACAAGAUCAUCAAUGAACCCAGCCCUUUGGAGGGCUGUGAUUGGCUUGCAUCAUCUUCAUAAACACAGCCCUCAUACUAUAAUGCGCCGGGUGAAAAUUAUCACAAUCCAUUCUAGUUAUAAUAAGGAUAACUAUGAAAAUGAUAUUGCCUUGUUUACGUUUGUAAGGCCUAUCAAAUACAAUGACUAUAUUCAACCCAUCUGCUUACCUGAAAAUGUUUUGAUUAAACCUUCAUACCCAUGUUACAUUGCUGGAUGGGGACGAGCAAGGGAGAAAGGUCAGACGAAACUUAUAUUACAAGAAGCUCAAGUAGAAAUUAUUCCACGGAGUACAUGUAAUCGAUACAACUGGUAUGGAGGAAGAAUAACAUGGAAUAUGGUCUGUGCUGGCACGGAAAGUGGGAAGGUUGAUAGUUGCCAGGGAGACAGCGGUGGACCUCUGAUGUGCUAUGUUCCAUCUGCUGCCAGGUUUUAUCUGGUAGGAAUCACCAGCUUUGGGUAUGGUUGUGGUCGACCAAGAUAUCCAGGUGUCUAUGUUCGCACAGCCAAUUACAGAAGUUGGAUUGUUUUUAAUGUUCGUAGUAAAGCCACUGCUGCGAGGUUCCAGUGUUUCUUGACUAUGUGGUGGGUAAUCUUCCAUAUCCUGUGAAGGUGCAAACUUCCCAUCCAUUAUAGCAGAAUGAUCUUGGAUUCCCCUUGAGACUUAUUGCUUCCUCUUGGAAACACAUACCAUUCACAAGAAACAUUAUUUUUCACAAUCAACAGAUACUGUUUUCACUCUAAUCCCUGAGUUGCAUUCCAAAAUAUAUUUCCAUUGUAAUUUAAAAGGCUAAUCCCAACAAAGACUUAAAAGGUUUACAUGUGUAAACUUUUUGGAUUGUAAAUAAAGGGAAUAUUUUUUCCAAACAGAUAAAACAUGUAAAUGAACAUGAUUUUAAAAACAAACAAACAAUGAAAAUGGUAAGUAGCAUAUGAUAGGAAUGGCUGUCCAUCCAAUAUUCUACUGAUGAUUAAUAGAAUUCAGGCAAUGCUGUUUGAAAUAAGUAUGCAUAAAUGAUACAAGUGAAACUACUUAAAAUAGAAUUUAUAAAAUAAAAUGAUUUGCAAUUUUAUACAGAUACCAUGUUUUGAACUCUAAUGUAUUUCUUCAAUGGAUUUUGUCUAAGGGUGCAUAUACUCUGAAGAAUUCAUGCAGUUUGACACAGCUUUAGCUUCCACAGGUCAAUUAUAUGGGAUCCUGGGAGUUGUAGUUUUACAAAAUCUUUAGCUUUCUCUGCCAAAGAGUGCUGGGUCCUCACAAAACUACAACUUCUGGGAUGCCAUAGUAUUGAGCCAUAGCAAUUAAAGUGGUGUCAAACUGCAUCAAUUCUGCAUGGAAAUGUACCUUUAGAAAAAAAGUGAGGGCUUCUGAAUAAGAAUUAAUUUUUGAAGUAUUUGGUUUUUUGCCUUAAUGCAGAUUUGAUAAAUACCUUUUAAAAUGUUGACAAAUCAUAAUAUCCUAAGCAAUUGUUCUAGGAAGAAAUCCUCUAAACAUAGACUUCUAACUACACAAAUAUAGACUUGAAUUAACAAUCUUUUGUCUGGUAUUUCUAAGACUAAAGAGUGUUUGACAAAUCAGCUUUAAAUACUAGAAAUAAUGGCUUCCUUUGCUAUUUCAUUAAACUUGAUGUUGUUGUCACUUUA